AGGGCGGCGGUAGCUGGGCGGGGUCGGGUCGGGGGGAGCUGUGGGCGGCCGGCAGGCAGCGCGCGGGGCAGCCCUCGGCAGACGGCCAAUGGCGGCGGUGCUCGGGGCGCGGGGGGCGACGCGGCGCUUGUUGGCGGCGCUGCGAGGCCAGAGCCUAGGGCUCGCGGCCAUGUCAUCAGGUACUCACAGGUUGACUGCAGAGGAGAGGAACCAAGCUAUACUUGACCUUAAAGCAGCAGGAUGGUCGGAAUUAAGCGAGAGAGAUGCCAUCUACAAAGAAUUCUCCUUCCACAAUUUUAAUCAGGCAUUUGGCUUUAUGUCCCGAGUUGCCCUACAAGCAGAGAAGAUGAAUCAUCACCCAGAAUGGUUCAAUGUAUACAACAAGGUCCAGAUAACUCUCACCUCACAUGACUGUGGUGAACUGACCAAAAAAGAUGUGAAGCUGGCCAAGUUUAUUGAAAAAGCAGCUGCUUCUGUGUGAUUUCUUCCAAAAUACAUGUAAAAUCUUGUACACAUCUUAGCUGCAAUGGUCUUGCUCUGCUGCCCAGGCUGGAGUGCAGUGGCAGGAUCACGGUUCAUUGCAGCCUUAACCUCCUGGGCUCAAGCAGUUCUCCCUCCUCAGCCUCCAGAGUAGCUGGGACUAUAGGCAAGUGCCACCACGCCUGACUAAUUUUUAAAUUUUUUGUAGAGAUGGGGUGUCCCAUCCUGCCCAGGCUGGCCUUGAACUCUUGGGCUCAAGCAAGCCUCCCACCUCUGCCUCCCAAAGUCCAAGGAUUACAGGUGUGAGCCAUUGCCCCCAGCCAGUAUAACAGUUUUUGUGUGUGUGUGUGUGUGUGUGUGUGUAUGUGUGUGUUUUUUUUUGAUACGGGGUCUCAUUCUGUUGCCCAGGCAGGAGUGUAGUGAUGCGACCAUGGCUCACUGUAGUCUUGACUUCGCAGGCUCAAGUGAUCCUCUCACCUCAGCCUCCUGAGUAGCUGCGGUUACAGGCGUGCAUCACCACACCUGGCUUAUUUUUAAAACUUUUUUGUGGAGACAGGGUCUUACUAUGUUGCCAUGGCUGGUCUAGAACUUCUGGGCUCGAGUGAUCCUCCUGCCUUGGCCUCCCAAAAUGUUGGGAUUACAGGUGUGAGCCACUGUGUCAUAACAAUUAUUUUAAAAUUUUUAUUUAUUUAUUUUUAAUAAUUAUACAAGAUGGAGUCUCACUAUGUUGCCCAGGCUGGUCUUGAAUGCCCGGGCUCAAAUGAUCUUUCUGCCUUGACCUCCCAAAGUGCUGGGAUUACAGGCGUAAGCCACUGUGCCUGGCCUAUAACAAUUCUUAUGAAGCUAAAGUUGAUUUGGAUUUUAGCUGCCGUUACUACUUAAAUAAUUAAUUAGAUUAAACAAGUCACAAAAAUUGGAUGAGCUAUCUUGGUGUGUUUUCUUUACUUUUCUCUUUCAACAGAGAGUUGAAGGAGAGGACAAGUGUCUUGUCUGUGGCUUCCAGGAAUGUGUGGCAAUACAAGAUUUACUGUUACAGCAGCCAACUCACCAAGUCAUUAUUUGACUUACUGAGUUAAGGAGGAACUAAGGGUCAUUUCCCCCCCCAUCAUUUGCAUGUUUUGACUCCUGAACUGAGGGUCUACAGCCACUGAAGCUAAAAGCUAGAAGGGUGUUACUCAGUAGUGAGCUCUACUUACUCCAUGUGUCACUGACAGAUGUAAAAAGGAAUAUCAAGUAAUCUAUUGUUUAAAAAUUGUAAUAAGAGUGUUCUUUGAAGGAAUUCAGGAAUAUACUACUAACGAGAUUAUGAUGCAGAUAUAUCCAUCCAUGAAGCAUUUGUUAGUCCCUUGAAGCAUCAUGGUAGUGGAAUUUAACAUGGAUCAUCUUUGUAAACCCACCUCUCUUUAGGGGCCAGAGAAAUCACUGUUUGUUACAUCAAGCAAACAUUUCCCUCUCUAUGUCACCCUUGCCCCAAACCUGAGAAACAUAUGGGAACAUGGCACAGAGGCUGAGCUCUCUGAAGCCAGUUCCUGGCUGGUUUUGCUGGCCAGGGAGAGGCAGGUGUGGUCAGUUGCCCUGUGGACAUGUGGUGUGCAGGGAGAGAAGAGGGAAAAGAGCCACUCAGGCUCUCUGGCUGCCAGGGGAUCCAGACUCUUAGCACUAGAACUUCUGUUUCUUAGAAUUCUUUCCAAGGAAAAGACAAAACUGUGUUUUUAUAAGCUGUUUCCUAUAGUGUAAAUUUGGGACUUUUAUACAUUUUAUUACCAAAUAUUUUUAGUUAAGUGCUUCAAUUUUCAACAUUAAUUCUUUAAAAUUUUCUUUUGAGAAUCAUCACCUGGAUUUACAUGAAUUUUUUAAGCAUGAAAAAAUUUAAACAUAUUCAAAAGUACGUGAAUAGUACAUUGAAGCCUUAUAUACGGAUCACCCAGAUAUAAAAAUUACCAAGAUUUUGUCCCAGUUGCUUCAUUUUCCCUGUUUCCUUCUUUGCAAAAGUGUUUAAAAGCAAAUCCCAGAUAGCUUAUCAUUUCACCCCUAUAUCCUUCAGUAAGUUUCUAUGGAAAAUAUGGCCAUUUUCUUGUAUAAACCACAGUACCUUUGUUUUUUUUUUUUGAGAUAGAGUCUCACACUGUCACCCAGGCUGGAGUGCAAUGGCGUGAUCUUGGCUCACUGCAACCUCUGCCUCCCAGGUUCAGGCGAUUCUCCUGCCUCAGCCCCCCGGGUAGCUGGGAUUACAGGUGUGCGCCACCAUGCCCAGCUAAUUUUUUUUUGUAUCUUUAGUAGAGAUGGGGUUUCACUGUGUUGGCCAGGCUGGUCUCGAGUUCCUGACCUCGUGAUCGCCCGCUUAGGCCUCCCAAAGUGCUGGGAUUAUAGGCAUAAGCCACAGCGCCCGGCCCACAGUACCAUUUUUAUACCUAACAAAGUGAUUCCUUGGUACACUUAAUACCUAGGCAAAAUCAAAUUGUCCUGAAGGUCAUGAAUGUCCUUGGACAGUAAUCUGGUUCUAAUCGAGGAUCUAUAUGAAGCCCACCAAUCGCAUCUGGUUGUUGUGUCUCUUUAGUCUCUCAAUCUGGAGCAAGCUCCCCUCCCUUCCUCAUUUCCCCAUGUUAUUUAUUUAUUGUAAAAACUGGGUCAGUUGUGCUGUAGAAUAUUCUGCUUUCUGGAUUUGUUUGUUUCUUCCUGUGGUGUCAUUUAACUUGUUUUACUAUACCCUAAACGGAACCCUUUUCCUCUGUUUUGAGCAGAAGUCUGAGAGGCUAAACUUGAUGGCUGUGUUAACAUAUGUCACGUGUAGCACAGUGGGGAAAGCAGGAUAUGGCUCAUAAUGACAGUGGUGAAGACCUGCGAAUGAAGUUGCUAGUUAUCACCUACAUUAGGGUUUGACAUAGGUCUAUGUUAUGGGUUGCUGCAUCUGCUGGAACUCACAGACUUUACUAUAGAGAAUCAAAGAUCCCAUAUCUGAAGUCUAUGGAAAUGCUCAUGGUAAAUUACAACAGAAUGAAACACCAAACUUGCUUCAAGUAACUCACGUUUCAACUUGAAAGAGAUAUUGUCAAAAUUGGAGGCCCCCAGGUUCCUGUCUGUUCCAAAUCUUUGCAUGAUGACAGUGGUUUCUCUGAUGUGGUAAGCUUUGGCUUUCUUCUAUUUUCUUUCUAAAAGAUCACUGGAGUAGAGAGGAGUUAAACAGACAUGACCUUUGACCUCUUGCAUGACCUCCACAGAUAGCAAACCAGGCCGGCACAUGGUUGACGAUGUCCUUUUCUACAAUGAAGUUAAUGAAAGUUCUGAAAAUAAUGAUUACUUUCUGACAUUGAUAGGAUUUAGGAAACCUCUGGAUAAAUAGCUUAAGCAUGGCUGUUUAUGUUUUUGCUAUAGACAAAAAGCAGCAGCAUGUACAUUGUAUUUGGACACAAGCCUGCCUCCGUUAAUAAUAUUGAACUAUUGGACCACUAGGGUUAGUAGGGAGCGGUCUGUACACUUUUUGAUUCAGCAUUCAGAAACAUUCUAGUUGGACUCUGUAGCUUUCAGUUUUGUAAAGUUACCAGAAAAACAUCGGGAGGGUUUGGCCAUCAUAUGUGAGCUUUGUGUUUCAAUGCCAGUUACUCAGGAUUAGUAAAUUAAUGACUGUCCAGAGGACUUCAGGGUCACCAAGCUGCUGCGCCUGCCAUUGGCUGACUCUCCCCGGCUAUCUGUGGCUGAGAUGGUACUGCUUAGGUCACGCAGAGCAUGAGCUGCUGCUGAAAGGGCACAAGAGAUGGCCCUUGGGCUUCUCAUCCCAGGAUGCGUGCCCUGCCCACCAAUCCAUGAGAAGAUAUGUAUGAUUUCAGUAGGCCCUGAUCAGCUUGUCACCUCUGGUUUCCUGUUUGCUUUCCACUCACUCAGCUGGAGUUUCAUUUCCAGACUAAAGUCUUCAUCAUUGGCUUCAGAAACAGCAUUCAUCUGUGGCUGUGCUGAUGUGGUACACCAAGAACAACUGGGCUCUUCUCUGUCACUUUGAGUGGGCUACCUUCCCUCACCUCUCCAAGCAGCAUGAAAGAAUUCUUUACAUUUUUAAUCUCUUUUUUGUUUUUCCCUGAAAGUAUGCUUUGGUGCUUAAAGAGAGAAGUAACGAAAGUAUACUACUGAGUUUCCUGGAGAUGAAAUCCUGUUGUCCCUAGCUACGUGAAUGAGCACAGGGAUCCCUGAUGCCAUUAUUUUGUAUAUUCAUACAGCACACACUGAGGGCCUUCUGUGUGCCCUAGGGGAUUGAGCACAGUGACAUCAGGGCAGGUAGAAACAGAUGGAGAGCUGAUGCGGGCUCUCUUAGAGCAGCUGCCCCAGGAGGCCCCUGUGGAUGGAUGUUGGGCAGGAGCCCUGAGACGUUAGGGGCAUAUAACUAAAGGGCAUAGCAGGAGUUAUAGGAGGAGCUGAUCCCUGAGGGAAACAAUGAAGAGGGAGAAGAUGGGGCUAAAGUUUGAAUUGUGGGGACAUUAAUCACAGUGAUUCUUAAAACUUUGCUGUUGAUGAUUUUAAAUGGAGAAAAUGAGUAUGUAAGAUGUUAUUUCCCAGUUCAGUAUAUUGGUUGCCCACAAGAGUAUUUUCCUACCACGAAUGGUCAUAUAUACUUGUUGUAGAAUACCAGGGACAGCAGAGAUGGUGGGGUGGUUACUUCCUUUUCUUACAGCCCAAGAACUUUGGUGUCCAGGAAAUUGACCAAUUUAGCCACUGAGCAUUUAAUACAAUACAGGGCUACCCAGAUCCCACUGUCCUGAUUUGCCCUGAAAGCCAAAGGAGUUAGGAGAAGGUGAGUGGGGAGAAUAUAUUAAUCCUGAGAGCUGAACAGAGCAAAAAUCCCUAUUACUUUUGUACUUAAAACAUGUCUGCCUCAUGUGCUCACUCUUUAUAUUCUGUUUAGGUGGUUUAUAUGUGCACAUCCCAUCCUAUGCCUGCAGUUAGCCAACUCAGGGUUUAUAUUGCCUCCUUUCUUUUUUUCUUUUUCUUUUUUUAAGAGAUGGGGUCUCAUUCUAUCAUGCAGACUGGAGUGCAGUGGUGUGAUCACAGCUCAUUGUAACCUCCAACUCCUGGACUCAAGUGAUCCUCCCACCUUGGCCUCUCUGGUAGCUGGGACUACAGGUGCAUGCCACCACACCCACCUAAUUUUUUUUAUUUUUAUUUUUUGUAGAGACAGUCUCACUAUCUUGCUCAGGCUAGUCUUGAACUCCUGGGCUCAAGUUAUCUUGCUGCCUUAGCCUCCCAUGGGUAAUUUUUAUUUCCUUUUUUUUUUUUUUUUUUUUUGGAGAUGGAGUUUCGCUCUUGUCGCCCAGGCUGGAGUGCAAUGGCACGAUCUUGGCUCACUGCAGUCUCCACCUCCUGGGUUCAAGUGAUUCUCCAACCUCAGCCUUCUGAGUAGCUGAGAUUACAGGCACCUGCCACCAUGCGUGGCUAAUUUUUGUAUUUUUUUUUAGUAAGAGAUGGGGUUUCACCAUGUUGGCCAGACUAGUCUUAAACUCCUGACCUCAAGCGAUCUGCCUGCCUUGGCCUCCCAAAGUGCUGGGAUUACAGGCAUGAGCCACUGUGCCUCGUCGCUGAUUUUUAUCUCUUCUUUUUUUUUUAGAGAUGGGGGUCUCACUAUGUUGCCCAGGCUGAUCUCAAACUCCUGGCUUCAAGUGAUCCUCCCACCUUAGCCUCCCAAGUUGCUGGGAUUAUAAGUGUGAGCCACUAUCCCUACCUCACUAUUACCUUCUUUGCUUCUCUUGUUUUCUUUUAUUCUAAGUCAAACCCAUCACAAUUUUUUCUUGUCCUUCCAGGUGUUUUCCAGUGCUGUGCCCUGGAUGUGCUCUCUUUCUCUUAGAGCCCAGAGAACUUGCUUUUCCCCCUUAUAUAUGACCCUUAACUUUUUCUAACACAUUAUUAAGGCCCUGUGUCUAUCAGCUGGGGGCACUUCUUGAAGGGAGGGCCUUUGUGUGGUCUGUUUCUAGUGACUUCCAGCUUUAACCCAGAGCCUCAUGAUUGCUGGGUGCCCAUAGCCUUUUUGCUGAAUGGAGGCACUCAGUCUCCUUGGGAAGAGAGAAUCCAUGAUAGACCCACUUGGGAGCUCCCCACUUCAGGGGCCUACACACUGGUAAUGCAACAGAAUGCCCAAGAGUGACCUCAUAAAGCAAGGAUUCCCUUCGUGGCCCCUUCUCUGCUGCCUCUCAGAAUCCAGACGCUAAGGAAAAUCCCUAAGCAGAGAUUUUCUGUUGGAUGCUAAAAGCAAGGAAUAAAAGUUGAAAAUUUGGAAAAUGUCUCAACACCAUCACCAGCGCCACUCGGGAGUCGUUUCUAGUUCACCAGUUGAUACUACAUUGGUGGGAUUUUGCCCAACAUUCAAGAAAUUUAAGUAAAUAUUAUCUAUCUCCAUUGCCUGUUAAGAAAUGUGCUAGUAGAAGUGUGAGGGCAGGGUGUCAGUGUUCUCUCAGCCUCUUCCCUCAGAUACUCGUCUGCUUACCAAAAUAAGUUACAUGUCCUUGACAAUCUGGUUUCUGUGAUUGGUGAGGCUGGCAUACUGUUACCUUUAUGUGCCCUGUAGACUUGAAUGACCAGUUUGACCAGUUUGACUGUUAGAUAAUCUGAAGGCUUUUCUUUUUUAAUAAUAGACCCCAUCUCAAAUCAGAUAAUGAAAAUUACAUAUCUUGAUAUAUUAGAAAAGUAUAUACAUUCUGGCUGGGCGUGGUGGCUCACACCUGUAAUCCCCGCACUUUGGGAGGCUGGGGCGGAUCACUUGAGGUCAGGAGUUUGAGACCAGCCUGGCCAACGUGGCGAAACCCCAUCUCUACUAAAAAUACACAGAUUAGCCCGGAGUGAUGGUGUGCACCUAUUGUCCUAGCUACUUGGGAUGCUGAGGCAGGAGAAUCCCUUUAACCUGGGGGGCGGAGGUUGCAGUGAGCCAAGAUUGCACCACUGCACUCCAGCCUGGGUGACAGAACGAGACUGUGUCUCAGAAAAAAAAAAAAAGAAAAAAGUAUAUAUAUUCUAUAUUUUUUUAACUUAUGAGAAUGUGUUCAUUUCCUUUGUAACAUAUAAUGGGAAACAAUAAUACGUACUCUUUGAGAAAAAUUGCAAAGCACAGAUAAAUGGAAAUAAACAGGAAAAAGAAUCACCUAUAACCUCACCAUCCAUAGACAGACACUGUUAAAAUUUUGGCAUAUUUCCUGCUGAUUUUUUCUACUGCUGAUUUUUGCACAGGUGAGAUAAUUUUGAACAGAGAAUUUUGUAUCUUUGGUUUUUGUGUUUUGCUGCACACAAAAACAAAACAAGAUAUAAAAAUGGAUCAUAAACAUUUUUCUAAAUCCUGAAAAAUGCAUAGACAUAUUUUAGUGCCUGUAUUUCACAAGAUGGACAUACCAUAAUUUACUUACACGGUCCUUUUUGUUAGAUGUUUAAAUUGUUUUCAAGCUUCUCAGUGCUGGAAAAAAUACUGAGAUAGACAUUUUUAGUUGAAGUUAUUUCAUUUCAGGUUAUAUUGGGUCAGAGAAUGAAUGGUUCUCAGGCUUUUCAAAAGAGCUGGUCAGUUUUUAUGCCUCUGGCGGUUUUUGAGAGUGCUCAAUCAUACUGCACUGUUGCCAGCAUUAGAUCUUAUCACGUUUAAGUCAUUGCUAAUUUUAUAAACAAAAACAAUGGUUUUACUUUACAUCUCCCUGAUUAGUAUUGCUGUAGAACAUAUUUGGAGAAGUUUGUUUGUCUUUGGUAUUUAUUUCAUGAAUAGAUUGUGUGCCCAUUUUCUCUUGGGGUAUUCAGUUUUUUAUUACUGAUGUGAGCAUGUGUAUGGGUGAUUAUUUGAUGAUUAUCGGUUUUGCUUAGUAGACUGGCAAUAUUUAGUCUUGCCGUCACUGUGUUCCCAGUGCCUGCUAGAUUGCUUGAUAUGUAGUUGCCACUCAAUAAAGAUUUGUUGAGUAAAUGAA